AGUGUGUGUUGUGUGUGUGGAGAGAGAGUGUGUGUGUGUGUGGAGAGAGUGUGUGUGUUGUGUGUGUGGAGAGAGAGAGUGUGUGUGGAGAGAGUGUGUGUUGUGUGUGUGGAGAGAGAGUGUGUGUGUGUGUGUGUGGAGAGUGUGUGUGUGUUGUGUGUGUGGAGAGAGAGAGUGUGUGUGGAGAGAGUGUGUGUGUUGUGUGUGUGUGUGUAUUAGCGGGUCGCGGUAUUGAGGAGGAUCUGCAGCUCUGAUAAAUUAAACCAUGAGCCAUUUACCCCCGGGGCUGAUUGGAGCGUAUAACAGUCUGACUGACAAACACCUGACUGCAUACUUUAACAAUGCGCGAAUACGGAGACAUCUGCAGAGAGUUGGACUCAUCAGCAGGAGUGGGCGUAUUGUGUCAGAGAAGGAAUUCAGGUAUAAGAUCAUACACAGAGAUCAACAGCGACAUGUACGGGAAUGUCUCGCUCAGGCCAUAUUCCACAGAGUGCUGGACAUGGAGCGUCUGCAUCAAACAGAGAUCAGGAGGAAACUGGAGGAAUUUUCCAGGAGAGAGCGAGUGAAUAAAAUGAAGGUGGAGCACGGUAACCGGUACGAGGAUGAUCCGCUCAUCAUGAUCUCGCCACGCCCACCGACACAGCAGAGGAGUUCUGGGCCAGAGAGAGAGCCAUCUGACUCCACCGACUCGUUGGGCUCAUCGAGGCCGAACACGGCUCCAGAGAAAACUCAGCGUCCUGUUCGUCUGAAGCCUCUGAACAGUAACGGCACUCCGACAUCAACGAAGAGAAACUCGUCUCGUUACCGAAACCACGACUUGACUCAUGACGGGGAACAACCAAUCAGCUGCAUGUUGGACAGAGAUGUGAUGAGACACCUGACGCUAACAGAUUUCUCCAGCUCUGUCUCUCCGUAUCGACUUCCUGUCAUUAAUAACUUUGUGACCCCGGUACCCCCACUGAAGAGGAAGGAAAAAGUAAAAAAUGGGACCCUGCGGGGUCGAAGGUUACGACCCACUACGGCUCCCAGUGACGCUCCUGACACAAAGGAGGGUGCUGUCCAGCGGGUGUGGUCUCAGAACGUCGUGUGGGUGAAGAUGAUGUAUUUUGGAAAGAGUGUGCACCUGUCACAUGACCUGAUGGAGCUGAAGGAUGAGGUGAAAGUUUUCCAGCAGCACUGUGGGGGCGAAAAUCUCUGUGUAUAUAAAGGAAGGCUUAAAGAAGGAGAGACAUUUCAGUUCGUGUCUCGGCGUCACCGUGGUUUUCCCUUCAGUCUGACCUUUUACCUGAAUGGGCUGCAAGUUGAGCGUCUCAGUUCCUGUUGUGAGUUCAAACACAAGAAGUACUCGCGGCUUGGAGGACGCCACGCCCACUUUGGCUUCUGUGGUGUUGAAGGAGCUGCCCCUUGCUACAGGUGCAUCAUAGCGAUGGGCCUGGACAAAAAACCCACUCCACCAAAGAGGAUCAGAAAUGAUCCACCCGUCUCCAAAUCCUGGGAAAACAAGGAAGAAGAGGAAAAACACUCACAGUCUGGAUCCAGCCAAUCACAUGACACCGAGACCAAGAGAAACACCAAUCAGGAGCACAAGCACAAAAAUGGUUAUGAGGAAGACUUUGAGGCUGAUGAUGAAGGUCCCGUGGAUGUGGGAAAUGAAACAUCUCCAUCACUUGGCAGAGAGGAGGAGGAGAAAAGAAAAGAUGAGAACAGAAAUGAUUUAAAAAGAAACAAAGUGAGAGGAUCCUCGUCCGUCUCCUCUGGUCUGUCCAGCAGCUCGUCUGACAGUGAGGAAGACGAAGAUGAGUAUGAUGAAGAACAGAAAGAGGAGGAGGUGAAGCCUGAGAGACACAUGGCCACAUCAGCAUUGGAAAAAGAUGCAGAAAAGAGAGAAGUCUUGCAGAUGAGCAAUGUGUCUCUGCCCACCGAGGGUGAAACUCAAAACCAGGAGAUGGAACACAUAAAGAAGGAUGAUGGAGAAACUGAGGAACCCAGAGAUGAACCCGUAGAAGCUGAGGAACCCAGAGAUGAACCCGUAGAAGCUGAGGAACCCAGAGAUGAACCUGGGGAAGCUGAGGGGCCCAGAGAGGAGCUCAGAGAGGGAACAGCUGCAGAUGUAAAUAAGGAGGGAGCCCGAGCCAAGUCUGUGCAGGAGAAGUUAGCAGAAGCCAUUUUAAACAUGACGGAGUGUGUUUCUGAACCUGAACUCAGUGACACCACCACUGAGGAAGACGAGCUGCUGUUGGUCGUGAGCCAACAGGUUGGUCCAGGAGCUGAGCCUGAAGAUAAUGUGGCCCAGCAGAGAGCUGAUGAAGAAAGUGAAGCUGAACCUGUGGAAGAAGCUGAAAGGGAAGAAAUGCAUACAGAGAAACCCAAAGACGAACUUGAAAAGGAAACACAAACACCACAACCUGAGACAAGAUCAGAGGAAGAAGAAAAAGACACCAACCAAACAGAAGAAAGAUCUCAAAACACAACCAAUGAAGAUGAAUGUGUACAAGAUGAGCAGAACAAUGGUGGUGAGAAUGAAGACCACAAGCCAGAAGUAAAGCUAGACAUGACUGAUGAGGAAGGAGGACAAAAGCAAGAGGCCAAUAAUUUCACAAAUGAGGAGAAUAAAUCAAAUGAAGAACCUGAAAUGAUGGAAAAGCCUGAGGAUGAAGAGCCACCAGCUGGAGAAGUGCUGAAAUUUGAGGAAUCAUUUGGGCAAGAACAAGAGAAAGAGGGUACAAGUGAAAAUUCAGUAAAUGCUGAAGAAACCAGAGCAACACCAAUGGAGGAAGAGAACAUGAUUGAGGAGAUCACCAAGCCUCAGCUUGAGAACCCUGAAGAAACAUCUGUGAGUCAUGAAAAUAUGGAUCAGAACAGUGAGACAGAAAAAGUAAAUGAUGAAGGGCUGAGUGGUGGAGAAGAGGUGUCUGCUGAGGAGGUCAGAGCUGAAGAAGAGGAAAUGUUUGAUGAUGAAUCAAGAAAUCUGAGGAAUAAUUCUGAGGAGACAAGAAAUGACAGUGUAGAAUGUGUUGAACGCAAUAUGGAAGAUAAAGAAAUAGAAUUAAAAGGUUCAUCAGUAAAUGAGGUGAAAGAUGAAGAUGUAGCAGGUAAAGAUGAGAGAUCAGAAGAAAGAGUGGAAGUAUCUGAGACUGAGGGAGAAAAAGAGCAGAGACAAGAUGGAGUUGAAACAGAUUUGAGGGAUGGAAUGGAGGAAACCAAAGACCAGGAUCCUCAACUUAAGGAGGAUGAGAACACAGAGGAAGGAAACAAGGAUGAAGAGAAAAUCAAACAAGAGAUAACUGAGGAUAAGGCAGACCAAAAAGAACUCAAUCCAACAGUUCAAACAUCAGAGGAAAAAGCAGAUGAUGAUGUGGGGAAAAGAGAAGAGGAACAAGAAGAAGAACUUCUAGCAGAGAAAAAUGCUGAGCUAAAAGAUGAACAGAAGUCUGGCCAUGAAGGUCAAGACACAGAAGAUGUUAAACAUGAGGAAGCGCUGAAAGAAAAUGAAUCAUUAAAAGAAACUGAGGUUGAAGAAAAUGAGGUAGCGGAUAUGAGUGAAGGUGCAGAAGAAAGGACAAGUGUUGGUGGAGUUGAUGCAGAGAUACAGAAAAGAGUGAUGGAGCAAGAAGAAGACAACAAAGAGGAACAGAAAGACAACUCUGAUCCCACUGUUUAUGAACCUCCACUGGAAACCAUAGAUGGUCCUGAAUUAAAAUCAGGAAAGAUCAAAGCAGAAAAUGGAGUAGAAAUUGAUACUGCAGACCAGGAGGAGCUUGACAAGGAGGAAGAAGCUGGACCAGAGGAAAGUGAGGAAACUUCUGAGACCAAUGAUGAACAAAUAAAUCGAGACUUGACUAAAGAGGAAGGUGUGAAAGAUGAACAAAUGGACGAUGAUGUCAAUGAGAAGCAAGAAGAGGACCAAAGAGAAAUACAACAAGAGACAACCGAAGAAGAAGAAGAGCAGCAGAAAGUUGGGGAAGAAGAGAUUGAACAAAAACAAAAUGUGCAGCAAGAGGCAACCAAUGAAAAAGUAAAAGAUGAGCAGAAAGAUGAGAUGAACAUUAAACCAUUAAUAUCAGAGAGCAGUAAUAAUACAGUCACUGAGAAUGAAGCUCCAUCAGAGGCCAAAUCUCCUGCAGGAUCUUCUGCAGGUGCUGAGUCAAAACCCAAGGACAUGAAUGUUGACCUUGAAAGUAGAGGUGAAGAACAGAGCAGAGCAGAAGACGGCAAUCACAUUCAGUCAGUUACUGAUAAUAAAGAGGACAAAAGUGUUGAUCCUGCUGAAGAAACUAGGAGUGUAGAAGGCAGCACUUCUCCUUCAGAAGAAUCUCAGCCUCUGGAGAGAGUCCUGGCUCUCAAAAGAGAGGAGAGAGAAGCUGAACUUAUCAUCGUUCCUCAGACAGAUCACGAAGAGCUGGUAAGUAACUGGGUUAGCAUUCACCAAGCCUCAAACUAUUUUGAGACGUUUGUUGAGCCGCUGGAUGAGAUAAAGACCUCUGAUGGAGGGAGGACAGUGUACAUUGAAAUAGAGGAAACGAUACUGAGUCCAAAAGAGUCUCACAGAAAUAAGGACUCCUCUGAGAUGGCCAAGGAUGAGCAGAUCAGCCUGCCAGUGAACACCGAGCAUAAGGAACUGGAGGACAUGAGGGUGGAAAACUUUAACAUGGAGACUGAAGCUUUAGGAGCAGAAGGUCAAAAUUAUCCAUCCUCUAGCAACCCAUCAGAAGAAGAAGUGGCUCGAAGACAAAUUAAUUCUGAGCAAACUCUGGAAGAUCAGGAAGAUGUUGCUGUAAAUAACAUCAUGAACAUUUCAACAGCACCACUAAUGAAGAUUGAAAUUAGCCAAGAUAGCUAAGACUUAUCACAGCAUCACCUGUAGCCUGGAUCUCAUCUUCUCCAAACAUCCUGACCUCCAUUAGCAACCAAUAAACACCACCAGACUCUGUGAAAGUCCGUCAUGAUCUGCAGGGAGAACCACAGCUACUGUACAACCAGUCUGAGUUUACUAAAGCAGAACCUUCUGCUUUCACGCUUUCAUUCUAACUCUGUCUUUAUUGCACCUUCAUCAAGUCUCUCACUU